CCAUAGAGACGCGGCGGCUAGAGCGGCCGCUCCUCGUGCCUGCUCUACGCGGCCCCAGCCCGCUCUCGGUGGUGCGCGGCCGGCGCGGCGCUGUCGCAGCAUGGCGGGCGAGGGCGACUCUGAGCCGGGGAAGUCCUUCAAACUCCUAGGAUUUCUUGAUGUUAAAAAUGUCCCAUGUGCACGAGAAUCAGUGCUGUAUGGCUCUCUGGGAUCUUUAGUUGUGGGUCUUGGACACUUUUUAGCAACUAGUAGAGUUAGAAGAUCUUGUGACUUUGCAGUCGGUGGCUUUAUUUGCACAAUGUUAGGAUACUGGUUUUACUGCAGGUACAAUUUAGCCCAACAGAGGAUUCGGCAAAGAAUGCUUAAAGAAGGAAUGAGAAACAAAAUGUUAUUUGAAGGCAGUUCUUUUGAUCCAGAAAAAAAACAAACUGGCAAUGAAAGAAGCAAUUCGUAGUCCUACUGUAGGGGAAUCUGUAUAGGUGCUGUAAUACAGCGCUGAGAGAAGGUGGUCCAAAAAUGGCAGUGUGCCCUGUAAGUAUGUCAGAUAACUGAAACUGAUAAAUCAUGCUGUUUUUCCUAGAAGAUUUAAAUAAGAAAUUCGGAGUGAAUUUGUUAAAUCUGUAUAUAAGCCUUUGUUUCAUGUAUGUAUGUAUGUGACUGUGUACACAGUUAGCGAUGACCUCCUUGUUUUUGACUUGUUAAACAUUUGGCAAUUGAUGCUGUGUUGUGCAGUCUCAGAGAAUUAAUGACAACAUUUGGGGACUGCUUUAACUUACAAACAAAGCAAAGUUCUAAUUUCAUCUCGUUUAAAUGCAAGAUAUUUUCAUCAGCUGUUCUGAAUAAAUGCAUCUUGCAGUGCUGCUGCUAAGUGUAGCAUUUGGAAAACGGGAAUAUUUAAGCAGUAGGUGAGUGCUUUGCUUGCGCAAAGUGGAAGAUAUCAGUAGCUUCCGUAACUUGAAAUAAUUUAGAGACUGUGAAGCUGAAUUUCCAUCUUUGUUCCAUCUGUGCAAAAUUAAGAAUAAAAUCACUUCAGGAGGAAUCUCA